UCACUAUUGCAAUGGUCGGCAGGACGUUGAACCUCCGUUAGUGCUCGUGUCUGCUGCAAAUAACGCCGCGUCUGACGGCGCCGUUAGCUUCCGUCAUCUACCCACCUACGUCUAUAAAUACACCAGUCACUUUUCUUUGUCGAAUCUUCAUCUUCUAAAUCCUGCUCUUAAAUAUAAUAUAAUAUAAACUUUCAGAUAUGGCAGCUGAGAACUAAUCUUUCGUCUUGUUGAAGGCUGGACAGACAUUCGUAGAUCCUGCAGUUGUUCUUUCAAGAAAAUGCUUUACAACAUCUAAUGGUCAUUUGAUAGCAUGGGCUCAGAACAAUUUUAUGGUUACAGAUUGACCAGUCAACGCUCAUCUUACUCCUCUCCUUAUCCACAAGUUUCCGUGGGUCCCUCAACGCCUAUCGAGUCUCGAAAGUUUGAGGCACGAGACUCCCCCAACUGCCCUCUCUCAACCCCGUUCGAAUCAGAUACAUACACAGUAUUGAGCUCAGGUGCUAGUCCUUCUUUUGAAGAUUCUAGCUCUUUUAACCAAGCAGGCAGUAGUCGUUACAUGGAAAACGCUCUUCAGGAUAUCGAAUCAACUCUUAUGGCUCCAGAAAAGGAAGCGUCGAUGCCCAUGAACCCGCCCUCCGCUCAAACCAUGUGGCGACAACAGUGGACCCAUGAACCCAGCGGUCCAAGCAUGGUGCACCCCCAGGCUAUGUAUAGCCCAAGAUACACUUCAUCUGGCAGUAAUCAUAACAAUAAUAGUCUUAAGCAGCUGCUUACUGCAUGUGCAAGUGCUCUCGCUGGAAACAAGAUUAACGAGUUUGAGAUUUUGGUAGAACGUGCACGGGCUGCGGUUUCUAUCACUGGUGACCCAAUCCAGAGGCUAGGCGCGUAUAUGGUGGAAGGGCUGGUGGCUAGAAGGGAGUUAUCUGGGAACAAUAUAUACCGCGCGUUAAGAUGUCGGGAGCCCCAAGGGAAAGAUUUGCUUUCUUACAUGCAUAUUUUAUAUGAAAUUUGCCCGUACUUGAAGUUCGGUUACAUGGCUGCGAAUGGUGCGAUAGCCGAAGCUUGUAAGAAUGAAAACCGAAUCCACAUUAUAGACUUCCAAAUAGCUCAAGGGACCCAAUGGAUGACGCUUUUACAAGCACUUGCUGUUAAACCCGGGGGCCCACCAUAUGUUCGUAUCACGGGGAUCGAUGAUCCGGUUUCAAAAUAUGCCCGUGGAGACGGUUUAGAACUAGUUGGAAAACGGUUAGAAGCCGUUUCACAAAAGUUCAACAUUCCAAUCGAGUUUCACCCGCUUUCGGUUUAUGCCCCGUUUGUGACAACAGAAAUGCUCGAUGUUAGACCCGGGGAAGCCCUGGCGGUUAACUUCCCGCUUCAACUCCACCACAUACCCGAUGAAAGCGUUGACGUGAAUAACCCACGAGACGAAAGGUUACGAAUGGUGAAGUCGCUUUCACCAAAGGUGGUUACAUUGGUCGAACAAGAAUCGAACACAAACACAGCUGCUUUCCUUCCAAGAUUCAUAGAAGCUUUGGAUUAUUACACCGCAAUGUUUGAGUCAAUCGAUACAAUGCUAGCGCGCGAUAAAAAAGAAAGGAUAAACGUGGAACAACAUUGUCUGGCUCGGGAUAUAGUCAACAUCAUAGCCUGCGAGGGAACUGAACGAGUAGAAAGACAUGAGCUUUUCAGAAAAUGGAAGUCUAGGUUAACAAUGGCGGGGUUCACACAGAACCCAUUGAGUCCGUAUGUGAAUUCGGUUAUCCGGGAUUUGCUAAAGUGUUACUCGGAGCACUAUAGUUUGGUGGAGAAAGAUGGAGCUAUGUUGUUGGGAUGGAAAGAUAGGAAUCUGAUAUCAGCAUCUGCUUGGCAUUGAUCUCUUUCAGUUGAGCCAAAUGACCCUAAAAUAAGAUGUGUAAUGAAUAUAGCGGUUGGGGUGGGGUGGGGUGGGGGUUGACUUUAUUUCGUAAUCUUAGUGACAUAUGCAUCUGUUUAUGUGUUGGUAGAGUUAUAUGGAUGUAGAGUUGAAUUGAUGCUUUUGGAGGUUUUCUUUUGGAAUUGAGGUUUGGUGGAUUAAUGGGCCGA